CUCUCCGUCUCGGAGCCUUAAACCCGCAACUGACGGUGAUUGUUUCCUUUCAGAAUCAGCACUUCGUGCUCUCAGUCCCUCUUUGCCACCUAACGCGGCAGCUUAGCUCUGCCGCUUUGCUUGUCUUCCAACAUGGCUACCCAAAUGAGCAAGAAGCGCAAGUUCGUAGCUGACGGUGUUUUCUUCGCCGAGCUCAACGAGCUUCUCACCCGGGAACUUGCCGAGGAUGGCUACUCCGGCGUUGAAGUGCGCGUGACCCCCAUGCGUACCGAAAUUAUCAUCCGCGCUACUCGGACUCAGAAUGUGUUGGGUGAGAAGGGACGCAGGAUCAGGGAAUUGACAUCCGUGGUACAGAAAAGGUUCCAGUUCCCUGAGGGUACAGUGGAGUUGUACGCUGAGAAGGUGAACAACAGGGGUCUGUGUGCCAUUGCCCAGGCCGAAUCCUUGCGAUACAAGCUCCUCGGAGGUCUUGCGGUUCGCAGGGCUUGCUAUGGAGUGUUGAGGUUCAUCAUGGAGAGCGGUGCCAAGGGUUGUGAGGUCAUUGUCAGUGGAAAGCUGCGUGCAGCUCGAGCCAAGUCUAUGAAGUUCAAGGAUGGCUACAUGAUUUCAUCAGGAAGCCCCGUCAACGAUUACAUCGAUAGUGCUGUCAGACACGUCAUGUUACGACAGGGUGUAUUGGGUAUCAAAGUUAAGAUCAUGCUCGACUGGGACCCAAAGGGCAAGCAAGGACCCAUGACCCCUCUUCCAGAUGUGGUCACCAUCCAUAUGCCGAAGGAGGAGGAGGAAUUCGCCCACAAACCUCAUGUAGGAAAGGAAGAGCUGUAGAGCAGAUAGUGGAGUACAUCUUUAUCAUUGAAAUUGAUUGUAAAGAUUGGCUACAUGCUUCUCUUCUCGAAAAAUUUAGUUGGAUUUUGACACCGUUCUUGCGUUUUACUUGAAGUCGAAA